AUGACAGUCAACCUCUUGAACAACGAGGCCUCCCUAUUAGAGGCCAUCGAAUCCGCUUGUAAUUCGGACAGUUCGUGGUAUGUUCGGGUAUAUUAAUUAAGGGUACUUGAGAGAACAGGAAGCGGCUCUUCUUUGUUUGAUUAACACUUUUUUAGGUCCAUCUUCGAGUACGAUGGAGGCUCCAAUAUUCUGAAAGUGGGGGGACGAGGAGGUGAGCAAGCUUGUUCAUGAUUCAGAAGCUCUCUUUCUAAAUGCCUGAGGCGUUCCAAAUUUUUGUCUUAUAUUCCCAUUCUUUUAUUUUAUUUUCUACCCGAAAACAAUCAAAUUAAUUUUAGAUAGUGGUCUAAAACAGAUCCUCGCCGAAUUUGACACCUCUAUAAUACAAUACGGCCUAGUACCAGUCAGUGUCGGAGGUCAAAGGAAGGUGAUUUUGAUUCACUGGGUGAGAAAGCAAACAAUUUGCUUAAUACUCAAUCAUUCAGCAAGGAGAGGGAGUCCCGGCCAUCCGAUUGGCACAGAUCGCUUCCCAUUUGGAGGAGAUCAAACGACUCAUCAAGAAGGUCAAUCUGGUCAUUUACGCUCGGAAUCAGGAGGAUCUAGAGAUUACUUCGGUCUGCAAUCAACUUCAGAAAUUGGCCAUGGCCCCACCACCUCAACUUCCAGCCAAACCGCAGCCAUUUGUGCCUCAGGCCGCGUCUAUUGAUAAAGUUAAACAAGUCAGACCGGAAAAAGAAAUUGAGUUGGGAGAACGGGAAAAGUUUUGGAAUGAGGUAAGGAGGAUUUAGAAAUAGCUAAACGACCUUUACUGAGGUGUUAAUUAGAUAAAGGGAAUAUUUUUGCAAUGGAAAACAAAACACACGUAUUACAGCUGCGAGCAGAAGAAGAAGAACGGCGAAAGGAAGAGCUCCUGAAGCAAGAAGAACAGAGAAAACAGUACGAGUUGGAAAGGAAGCUCUGGGAGAAAGAACUGCAUCAGAUCCAUAUCAGCGCUGCUGCCAGAGCGGCCCAAGAAGCGGCCAAAGAUCAGCCAGCUCCACCUCCGGCCCCAAAACCGGUGAAAAAACAUUCUCUGGUCUCAGGCCGAGCUCAGAUGUUUGAUGAAAAAGUGGCCGAAUUGGUAAGAACAUUAUUAGCUUAAAUUUUAAUUUUUAGAAAAAUGAUGACUAUACUAGUCGCGCCAUAAAGUCCUGAAACAAGAGCUUGCGCGAAAGUGCAUGUCGUUUGUGAAAAAACGGGGAAUUGCCGCGGCGGGUGGAAAAACGCACUGUGGAAAUGUGGGACUUUAUAGCGCAACUAGUACAAUUAUGACUACCGUAAAUUUUAAGGUCCGAACAACUCCCAAAGUCCUCAGUAAAAACAAGCAGUUCAAAUUCGAAGUUGCCCUCCAGCCCAAGAAUCCUCCACCUCCAGUCAAUUCGUCAGCCAAUAUUGAUGACACUUUUAUUCCCUUGGUUUUCGAAGAUCCAUCUAAACCUGUGGCCAAGGUUGUUCCUCAACCGCCAGAACAAAAAGUGGAAGAAGUUGUAGAGAAAAUUGAAGAGAAAGAGGUUCAGAAAAUCGAUGAACCUCCGAAGAUCUCGGAGCAGAAUUCCGUCCUCAGGGCAUUGACCCUUUGGGACUAUCAGGCCGGUAAGUGAAUUCAUGAUUAGAAUCUAUCGGGAAAGUCCUCUGGACAUGUAUUUUUUGCGUAUUUUUUUAUAAAAGGAAAGUUAUCUUAUGCUGUUCUAAGGAGCGAAAAAAUUUCUGGAAAGAGACUGUGGAAAAAAGAGAGGAGUCAGAGAAAAAAAUAUUAUUAUUGUUAGAAUUUUUCGAAUUUGAUCGAAAAAAGUCGAUUCUUUCGCAGCACGAUUUUUUUCAAAAAGGCAUUUUCGUUUUUGCACCAUAGUUUACAUGAUGACAACAUUCUUAGCAUUUUAUUUUUUCAGAUGACAACACCGAGAUUAGUUUUGAUCCUAACUGGAUUCUGACGGACAUCGAGCAGUUGUACGAUGGCUGGUGGAGAGGGCGUGCCCCCAACGGCCAAGUGGGCCUAUUCCCUUCAAAUUAUGUUAAACUCCUUUGA